AUGCAGGUCCAACCCCCCCUCUCCCCUGACUCUGUGACCGAGCCCGACGUGGAAAUGCUGUCCGAGGAGCCGAUACCUCCGUUGACCCUCCCGGCACACAUCGCUGCGCGAUUCUACCGCCGAAGUAGUAAAGUCAAGCGCUCCUCUGCCACCUCAUCGCGACGAAGCUCCAUAUCAUCUCUACAUUCUCACCAUUCGAACGCGUCCUCCACUGGUGUACCAAGCGCGGAUCACAUUGCCCAACACCUCCGGCGCACCUCUAUUCUUGAAACUCGUAAAGCGCGACUGGCUGACCGGGCGCUACACGCCGACAAGGUCAGGCUGCGUGCUGCCCUUGCGAAGGCUGCGACGAGAAAUCUACAGAUUGAAGAGCGAGCUUUGGCUGCUCAGCAAGCUCGAGAGCGUCUGUUGGCGGAUAUUACGGCCAAGUGCGAGGAUCAGGUUAAGCGGGCCAAGAAGAAGGCCGAGGACCAACGGGAAAAGAAAGCUGCUGAAUACGCACGCCAGAAACUAGAGAUGGCAGAGAAGUUUGUGGAAGCCGAAAAGCGGCGAGCACUUUACCAGCAAACGCAUCGGCGCCAGCGUACUAGUAGCCUACCAGCUUCGGAGGAAAAGAAAAUGGCACGAGUUGUCACCAAGUCUCUCACUCGGGAUACGGCUGCUCGGAAGAUUCAACGAGUGUGGAGAACUCACCAUGCAAAGCAGAUCAUGCAGGAAUUCCGGGCAUUAAACUUGUCUGUUGAUCGGGUUCGUGAAAUGGCGUUUGAGGAUGUUGGGCGUUUCGUCUCAAAUCGUGAGGUACUUGAUACUAUGACCAAAGUACUCAAACUCUGCGGCUUGGGUGAUAUAGAAGGUGGCGCGAUGGGGGAACGAGGUGCGGUGCGCACCUUCCUUAGCAGCUAUCUCAUCGUCACUCAUACGGCUGAGGUCCUAAGUGGGGACGGCGAGCAGGAGCAAGAUCUGAUCUCCAAGGCUCGCGAACUACUCGUGGCAUUUGAUCAGGUUGCCGCAUUGCUGUCUUCGGGCUGCUGCUCGCCUACCGUGAUUACUGCGGACCUUCAGAUUCUAUGUGAAUCUCAUAAUGUAUUCUUCUCGGCCUUCCACGCAUGGAAAUCUCAUGACUCCACGGUGCUGAUUGAGAUCAUGCUUGCCCAGUUUGUCGAACUGGAAAUGAUUUGGCAAACGGUCAAGGGUAAUACAGCUGGCGGCGUUGCCGAGGAUUACCGAGAAGGCAUUCGUCAGAAUCAGAUCCUUCUUCUGGCCCGUCUGAAGCGUCUUGCAGGCUCAGAGCGCGCUAUGCAGAUGGUUCGGGACUCGCUUAAGAAGGCGAAGCGUGAGAGAAAAAGAUCUGCCUCUAAGCAGGCCAUUCCUCGAUCUGCUGAGGUGGCAUCGUCUCCGGGAGAUGUCUUGACAGAGAGUGUCACAUCUCCCAUCAGCGAGUCAUUCAAUAAUGUUGAAGCCGCAGUCCUCCAGGAGCUGGAAAAGCAGCGGUCCUCUCCCCAUGAACAAUUCACCAAGAUCCUUACAGCGCUUCCGGAGAACCGGGUCCUGGUGCAUGAGCUCCUCCUCAACAAGGAAUUCAAGAUUGAAGAAUCUUCGUAUGCUGAUCCCCGAAGGCAGAUUAUGGAGCACAUGUGUGCGCAGAUGAGACAAGAUGUCGAGGCUGGACAAGGAACAGCCUGGACAGUCUCCAUGGCCACUGUGAUUCAAGACCGUCUCCUACGCUCGCUUCGACCUGGCAAUUCUCUGUACGUGCUAAUCAGUGAAGUACUGGAUCCAAAGCUUGUUGAGAGCCAGUGUAAGGCUGGAUCUUUCUCUUAUGAGAAUUUCUUUGAUUUUAUGAAUAACAUCCUACCUCGCCUUUGUGCUCCUUAUCGUGAUCCUGUGGUCAAGGCAUUUGCAGAGGACACUUCAGGGGAUGCCAUUGACCGACUUGCAAGGCUGAUGAGCAUCAUUGAUCUGCUCUCUCUAGAUCACACGAAUUUCAUGAUACAGGUGGCCGCGCCCCAGUUGAUCCAAGAUGCCCCCGGAUAUGAGCAGCGCACGUUUGAAAGAGGGCUCACAGAAGGCUCGAUUACCCUCGGCAAGGUCCGGCGUUUCUGGCGCACGCAUCGAAAGAUUAUUGUCGAUGAAAUGAAGAAGCGAGAUCCCGAGAACAUCCAUGGAGAGCCCCAUCCACCCGCCACUCGAGUAUAUGCACACGGCCUCACAGACCUGGUGUUUAGCAAUGCUACUGUGUCGGAAGAUUUAAUUCCCGAGACUUUGGCGCUGGAUCAUCAACGACUAGAACGUCUGCACGCCAAGGCCUUCCAGAUCGUGGCCACGGCAUCUAUUCUAUUGACUGCCAAGAAUCUAUUGAAGCGUGAUGCCCGCUCUCAAUGGAAGGCGGAGGCCGACCGCAUUCUCUCUUUGGACUUCAAUGAAAUCAGCGCCGACCGUGUGCAGUCUAUCCUUGAAUCCACGCAUCCCAUGCCACCCGCUGCAAGUGCUCAGCUUGCCGCCACAAUUAGACGAGUGCUGGCGCCCGUCGCAACCGCAAGUACUGCGGCUGCACCCCAAGCUGCUGUUCACGUUCACCACGACAAGUCUACUGGCUCAGCUGCAGAGUCUAGCUGUGGAUCUCCUGCCCCCAGCUUCUCAGACCCGGUAGCUCGGUUGAUCCUUUCCCGCCUCCGAAGUCAUGUUCUCUCCCGGUUGAGCGCUACUAGUGCUUCUGAGCGAAUUCGUGCCACGACAACGGCUAGUCAAAGCUUAGCUGGAGCUGGAAUGCCCGAGUUUGUGAGUGAAGUUGGGCAGCUGGUGGAGGAGCUUGAGAAAGUGCGCGAGGUUGAUUGGCUUUGCCACGAAUCAGUCUAUAACCGUCUAUUUGAAGAGAGUGCCUCGCAGUAA